UAAAAUCUUGUCAGCAACAUGCGCACAAGUUCUCUGUCUGCGCAGAUAUCUAUUUGCGGCCAAAAUUUACAUGGGUGUUUUGAGAGACUUCGGUGCCAAAGGAUUUUAGUUUCGAUGAAUUACGGCUAUUCUAAUUUUUAAUUUAAAUAUGAUAUAUUUUUAUUUUUACUGUUUAUAAUUAUUAACAAUUGAAGACUAUUUUUACAAAAUGAGUAUUGUUGUUGAACUUUUAUGUUAUACGACAAGUUACGGUGAGGGGGGUGAAGCUGAAAAGUUUGCUCGAAGAGCUAUAGAAUCUUUAAUAAAAAAACUUCGAAAAAAAUCAGAUGAAUUUGAUAGCCUAAUAGUGGCCAUUAAAUCUAAGGGAAGACAACCAACUAAAUGUGUAACUAUACCUAGAACAUUAGAUGGAAGGCUUCAAGUCUGUGAAAGAAAAGGGUUUCCUCAUGUCAUUUAUUCCAGAUUGUUUCGAUGGCCUGACAUCCAUAAAAUGGAACUUAGACACUUAGAUAAUUGCCAAUAUGCAUUCGAUUUAAAAUAUGAUGUAGUUUGUGUGAAUCCAUAUCAUUAUGAUCGCAUAUCUUCUUCUCCAAUACACCAAACUAUUUUAGAAUCAACUAACAUAAAUCGCUCUCAACAUCAGAUCUCCCAACCUCCACCUUUACAAUCAUAUCUUGAAAAUAAGCAUUCAAGAAGUACAUCAGAAUCUACAAGUGAAUCACAAGUUAAUUUGAUCUCAACAAACUCAAGAGUUUCACCACCAAUGUCACUUGCUCCUUCUUCAUUAGUGUAUCCAAAUAGAACCCCUUGUGCUGCUGACCCAUUUCCGAUUAUAUGUCAGUACUUGUUAUGUCACUCUGUUACAAGUAAUCAUGAUGAGUCUAUUGCACCAUCAUUUACAAAACGUGCAAUAGAGUCACUUGUUAAGAAACUAAAAAAGCGCUAUAUUGAGCUUGAUUCCUUAAUAUCUGCCAUUGUUAGUAAUGGAAGGGUAGAAACAAAGUGUGCUACAGUUCAACGAACCUUAGAUGGAAGAUUACAAGUUGGUGAAAAAAAAGAUUUUCCUCAUGUUAUUUACACAAGGAUAUGGAGGUGGCCCAACAUUCAUAAAAUUGAGCUUCGAAGUAUCAGUACUUGCUUGUAUGGCUUCGAUUUAAAAGAAGGAAAUGUGUGCGUAAACCCUUAUCAUUAUGAGCGAAUUAAACCACCAGAAUGGUGUUCUUCUCAUGAUAUAUUACAAAUAUCAGACGCUCAUACCAAUAGAGUUCCUCUUUUUCGAGAUAGUUCUAUUUAUUUUAAUCAAUUUCAAGAAUCGUCAUCAAACACAACACAUUUUCAAGAUCGCGAUAAAACGCCUAACUCAACUCAUUUUAAAAUAAGAUCUUAUUCGCACAAUCAAGACCAUAGUAAUUCAGAUACAAAUUCAUCUAUUGAUGAAGCAAUGAGCAUUGACGAGAAUCACUACAGAACUGAAGGGAAGCAUCCUUCACUUGAAGUUGAUUCUGGUUGCCAAGAUGCUUGUUCCUCCAAAUACACUAUGGAUUUGGAGACAAAUGAAGCUGUUUGUAAAACAACUUCUUCUGUGUCAAAUUAUAGUAUGAGUUCAAGAGAAGAGCUUUAUAAAUCUACAUUUUCAUCUCGAUGUUUAAAAAUUUGCGCAUUUUGUGCAUGUGAUGAAAAAAAUGCAUGGUUUCAUGAUAAAAUACUUCGUUUUGGACCAAUCUCGAAACUAGGAAAAAAUAUAGCUUCAUCAAGAGGUAUUUUUCGUCCAUAUCUUGUAAAUGAUGAUGAUUCUUGCAGUCGCACUCCUUCUCCCAUGGAAAGAGAAGUUUCAGUUGAACAAAUUAAUUUUCUGCCAAUACAUAUUGGAUACUUUUUUCGCUCAAAUAUAAAUAGUGUCCUUGAUGUGGACGAUUAUAUUUGGGCACAUAAAAAGUGUUGGGAAUGGAGCCAGUCUUCCAAAUUUAGAAGUACAGUUACAUUGCUUGAGUCAGCUUUGAAUAAGGUUUGCAGUUUUUGUGGCAAUUAUGGCGCAAGCAUAAAUUGUUGUGUUGAUGAAUGUAAUAAUGCAUAUCACUUACCAUGUUCAAUUGCAUCAAAUACCUUUCAGAACUUCAAAUCUAUUCUCUUAUUCUGUACUGCUCAUUUGCACGAAGCUAAAGAUCAAGCUAUUUGCUUCAAAUGUGGUUCUAAUGAGAAUGUGGAAAACCUUGUUUCGUGUAACAUUUGUUAUCAAAACUUUCAUGCAAAUUGUUUAAAACCAAACAGCAAUCUUGGUAUUAAACAAAAGUUAACCUAUCAUUGUGACACUUGUCGACAGUGUUUUGUCUGCAGAAAUCAACUGCGAAAUUCAAUAAGUAUCGAGUGCCGUUUCUGCGGAAGAAAUUUUCACACAAGUUGUGUUGAACCUUUAAACUCAGAACGCGAACACAUUAACUGGCAAUGCAGGUACUGCUAUACAGAAUCUCUGGGUAGAGUGAGGAGGAAACCUGUCUCUCAUCAUUCUUUUGAGUCUCCUUACAGUCGUCCUAUCCAUAGCCCAUUGUCACAUCACUCAGCGGAAGCAAGUGUUUCAUACAUUAAAGAUUUAGAGCUUAGUAAAGGACGUUGUACAACAUGUGGUGAAGCCUGUAUCGAUAAAAUUAAAGCCCAAUAUAUAAUUCAAUGCAAAGCUUGUGACGAAUACACUCACGCAAUUUGUGAUCGUGUACCAGUUGAGCUAAUUGAAGCUUUAGAAGAAAAAAACUUAUUUAUAUGCAGAAGAUGCAGGCGAACAAAAAUUCAAAAACGAGGUUCCAAAUUUAAUAUGAUUCAAACUCAAAUGUGGAGUAACGAAGUGCCUAAACCGUGGUCAAACUUACGAAGCAUUACAAAUCAAAGUUUAAAAGAGGACUCUAAAAAACGUUUAGAAGAAACUGCUUCAACAAUUGAAAGAUUAAUUGAAGAAGAUACGCCUACCAUCGGUACUCUAUUGGUUACUGAACCGCAUCUUUGGUCGCGUUUUCGAAUUGUAUAUUCGUUUGAAUACAAUAAUAAAGUAUAAUAUAUUUUUGUUAUUUAAUGAAAUUAGAAAUUUUAAAGAUUUCACGCGAAAUAUUUUGUAAUUAUAAAAGAAUGUGAAUAAAUAAAUACGCAAAAAUGUUUUAUUAUUUAA